CCAUAAGGGUGGGGAGACAGGAGUAGUCAGCGUUCAUCUCCAGCGCAGCCAAUACUCUACACUUUUCAGUUUUUUUCCCUCUACUAGGCUACGGUAUAGUUACUGCAUUUUGCCUUUGUAGGGCAGAGUACAGUCCUAUUUGUCCCUCCUACCAGUCCGUGCCUCCCUCCGUUCCGUCUCCGUCUCCCUCCUCUCUUUCUGUUCCUCAUGCACAUUCACGGUAUAACUGCUGCCACGGCGAGGAGAGGAGGCGGUUCAACCGAGGUUUAGCUACACCUCGUAAGGCUAGGGAGUGGGCAGACCCUGUACCGCCGCUGCUCUCGCCUCUACGGUGUACCGUAGGCUACCGUGCUCAUCACGGAUCACGCACUGCUCACGACCUCUGCACCCACCCCCACCCCCCAGCUCGGUUGGCUAGUGGUAUUGUAGGACCUAUAAUCUCCAGGCAAUCUGGAUCAACCUUUCUAGUUCCGGUAUUGAACAGCGGCAGUUUGAGCAGAGAAGCACAGCCCCCUGGUUUCUCUCCGUAGCGUGUCCCUCCUUGCGCUCUGCUCUCUCACAGGCAGACAUGGAUGAUGGUCCGUCUUCGACAAGCUGUUUUCGAAGGAUAACGGACUGUUUUCUGGGCCCAAGUCUAACGGAUGACAAAGUGAAGGCCUACCUCUCCCUUCACCCUCAGAUGCUGGAUGAGUUUGUAUCGGAGAGCGUGAGUUCAGAGACGCUGGACAGAUGGCACAAGAGGAAGAGCAGCGGUAGCCUGCCUGCAGAUGACACGUCAUCAGGCAGUAGGCAGUACCAGGACAGUAACAUGCAGAACGUGGUACAUGACCUCACCAGUUACCUGGAACAGCGGCUGGACCCCGGAGGAGACAACAAGCUUCUAUUCUAUGACUUGUGCACCAUCAUCAAAACAGCCACGAAAGCAGACGGAUUUGCACUUUACCACUUGGGAGAAUGCAACAAUAGCUUGUGUUUGUUUAAACCGGCGGGGGCUAACGACGGUCCUCCCACCUUCAUCCCAGCUGGUCCCAUCACGUUUGGGACCACCAUCGCCGCUCACGUCGCCACAACACGCAAAAUACUGCUAGUAGAGGACAUCACAGGGGACGAGCGUUUCCCUGAAGGCACAGGGCAGGACUCAGACUCAGGGAUUCAUGUUCACUCUGUCCUGUGCCUCCCCAUCCUCACGGCCAUCGGUGACCUCAUAGCUAUCCUGGAGCUGCAUCGGCACAGGGGCCACGAGCCUUUCAAUAUCAGCAACCAGGAGGUUGCGACGGCGAGUUUAGCAUGGGCAUCUGUAGCUAUUCACCAAGUACAGGUGUGCAGAGGCCUAGCCAAACAGACCGAGCUCAAUGACUUCCUGCUAGAUGUGUCGAAAACGUACUUUGACAACAUUGUGGCAAUAGAUUCUCUACUUGAACACAUAAUGAUAUAUGCAAAAAACCUGGUGAAUGCGGACAGAUGUGCACUGUUCCAGGUGGACCACAAUAACAAUGAACUGUACUCAGACCUGUUCGACAUCGGGGAGGAGAACGAGGGCAAACCUGUCUUCAGGAAAACCAAAGAGAUUAGGUUUUCUAUAGAGAAAGGUAUAGCGGGCCAAGUGGCACGGACGGGGGAGGUCCUUAACAUCCCAGACGCCUAUGCAGACCCACGCUUUAAUAGAGAGGUAGACCUCUAUACGGGCUACACCACGCGGAACAUCCUAUGCAUGCCCAUCGUUUCCAGGGGGACCGUAAUAGGGGUCGUACAGAUGGUUAACAAGCUGACUGGAAGUGCCUUCACCAAAACAGACGAGAACAACUUCAAGAUGUUCGCCGUCUUCUGUGCUCUAGCCUUGCACUGUGCCAAUAUGUACCACCGGAUCAGGCACUCUGAGUGUAUCUACAGGGUAACCAUGGAGAAGUUGUCCUACCACAGUAUCUGUACUUCAGAGGAGUGGAAGACACUCACAAAGCUGGACCUUCCUACGCCCCUAUACAAAGAGAUAGAACUGUUUCAUUUUGACAUUAGUCAGUUUGAGGAGCUGUGGCCAGCUGUCUUUGUAUACAUGGUCCACAACUCAUGUGGAGAGACCAGUUUUGAGCUAGAGAAGUUGUGCAGGUUCACUAUGUCUGUGAGGAAGAAUUAUCGGCGUGUUCCCUACCACAACUGGAAACAUGCGGUGAACGUGGCUCACUGUAUGUACGCCAUACUGCAGAAGACCACCGGCAUCUUCACUGAGAUAGAGAAGAAGGGUCUGCUGAUAGCCUGUCUAUGUCAUGAUCUGGACCAUCGAGGAUACAGUAACACCUACCUGCAGAAGUUUGACCAUCCUCUUGCUGCCCUGUACAGCACGUCUACAAUGGAGCAGCACCACUUCUCCCAGACUGUAUCCAUCCUGCAGCUGGAAGGGCACAAUGUUUUCUCCAACCUGACUUCCAGUGAGUACGAGCAGGUGUUAGAGAUCAUCCGCAAGGCCAUCAUCGCUACAGACCUGGCGCUCUACUUCGGCAACCGCAAACAGCUAGCUGAGCUACUGACCACGGAGGCACUAGACCUAGACAACCACCAACACAGGGACCGUGUGAUUGGUCUGAUGAUGACAGCAUGUGACCUGUGUUCCGUUACCAAGCUGUGGCCAAUCACACGACUCACGGCUAAUGACAUCUACGCUGAGUUCUGGGCCGAGGGGGAUGAGAUGAAGAAGAUAGGUAUACAGCCCAUCCCUAUGAUGGACAGAGAUAAGAAGGAAGAGGUUCCUCAGGGGCAGGUGGGGUUCUAUAAUGCUGUUGCACUCCCAUGUUAUACCACCUUAUCUGAGCUCUUCCCCCCUUCCAGCCCUCUUCUACAAGCCUGCAAGGAGAACCUUGGUCAGUGGGAGAAGAUAGUAAAUGGAGAGGAGGUGGACAGUGGAGUGAGAGGAGUGUGGGCUCCGUCAGAGCCUGUUGAUCCCAGGGCAGAGACUGUUGACCCCAGGGCAGAGCCUGUUGACCCCAGGGCAGAGCCUGUUGACCCCAGGGCAGAGCCUGUUGACCCCAGGGCAGAGCCUGUAGAGCCCAGCACUGAGGAACCAUCGAACCACGACUCAGGCCCUGUGAAGGUGGACAACUGACUGGCAGUGAAGCCACGGCUCGCCCUCACUACUUCACAAGUCAAUACGCCCUCAACACAUCCCCUGCCAUUAACAGGGACUACUUCCUGUCUGAACUGUUAGAGAGCCUCACUUCAUGCUGAAACAGGAAGGAGGGGGACACGUGUGUAGGGACUAGGGAAGGUGAUUGGUGGAUUUCACAAACAAGGGGACUUCUUUUCAGGACCACACAGUUACCUCAUUGGGUGAGGGAGGUGAGGAGUUAACCCUGCCAGUGUUCAUUGCUCCGUAGACACACGGAUGGACGGCUGGAGGACAGCGGGCUCUUGUUCAUUAGGCACGAAACGGAAGCUAACGGGCCGAAAAACAGGGAGGAACUACCUGGACUUGUCCUUGAGGUGGGGACUCACCUGAUCAACUCCACUGCUCGGGAACCAAUUCAUACCUAUCCAAAUGGAUCCGUAUGUCUGUGGUGUUGUUUUUUUGGGUCUGUUUUAGUUGGUUUGUUUUUUAAGAGAUUUAAAUUGCGGCUGGUUUGUUUUAUGUUCCGGUCUUGUGAUUUGCAGAGGCCUUAGUCUUUACACUCUAAUCCUUUAAAAAGGUCAGGAGGUGUGAAAUCUUGACUGUUUUUUUUUGUUGUUUUUUGUCGUUUCAGACUUUAUGAAUGUGUCUGAAAUGGCACCCUAAUCCACUACAUAGUGCACUACUUUUGACCGGAACAAUAUGGGCCCUGUUCAAAAGUAGUGCACUGUAUUGGUACUGUUUGUUUGCCUGCAGUGGUAGACUGACUAACUUAUCGCAAGCAGAACUACAUGGGAGGAGGUGGUUGGCUCUCAAAGAGAGACAGAAAGAAUGUUUUAUUAGCAUGUCGCAACAAAUGUUCUAGAAUGUUUAUUAGCAUGUCGCAACUGAAUGUUCUAGAAUGUUUUCUGGCACUUUGAGCAACAAAGUGUUUUUGCAGUACUAAAACAUACAGCCCUAGUCUAUUCUAUUCAGAAACCGCGUCUUGUGUAAAGCACAGAAAGACAAAGUUAGUGUGACCAACAGGGCUGAGUUCGAUCAUGUCAACAUUUAGCAAGUCGUGUCACACGAGGGUCACAAUGUUCUAUGCAGAAAUAGCACCCAACACCCAGGCAGACCUGAGUUAAAACAUUUUUUGAAAUGAUUUCAAAUACUUCAUCUGGGCUUGAUUGAGCUUGCCUGGCACAAUAAAACAAAUAGAAGAGUUGCAAGUGUAAAUUCUGCCCAUCUGGCAAUAUAUGCAGGCUAAAGCAAUUGCUAAAAGUAUUUGAAAGAUUUCCAAUAGUAUUUAAACCUACCAGGUCUGCAUCUCGCCACCCCGCUUACUUGCCACAAUCAGUCUUUUAGGUUCUAGAACCCAUAACCUUGGGCAAUCAGUCUUUUAGGUUCUAGAACCCAAAAUCUUGGGCAAUCAGUCUUUUAGGUUCUAGAACCCAUAACCUUGGGCAAUCAGUCUUUUAGGUUCUAGAACCCAGAACUUUAGGCAAUCAGUCUUUUAGGUUCUAGAACCCAGAAUCUUGGGCAAUCAAUCUUUUAGGUUCUAGAACCCAGAACCUUGGGCAAUCAGUCUGUUUUUGAGCUCUAGUUGUAGACUGGUCUCAGAUCUGUUUGUGCUGUCUUACCAACUAGAACAGCUCCUGAGUCAAGUCCAAUGGUACAUUGAUUCUCUGUACUGCGUUCAUAGCACACCAAGGCACAGGACAAACACGCACAUUGCUACAACGUUGAUUUAAAAUGAAUAGAUAUUGAUUGAUAGCCAGAACAUUAUGUCAAGACAGCAGGCAUGAGGAAUACUCUAUAGGGUUGCACCUUUUCCUUAACUUUCCCAAAAUUCCCCCGUUUUCCAGAAAUCUUGGUUGAAAGACUCUUGGAAUAACGAGGGAAUAAGGAGGAAAUCAAGGAAUCCGUCAACCAGGAUUUCUGGAAAACCGGGGAAUUUGGGAAAGUUACCAUGAUUAAUACAGUAUCAUUUAUCAUUUGAAAACAUUGAUUUUGUGAAUAAUACUAUAAUACCUCAAUUAAUCUAAUAUCGACGGUAAAUUUUCUUUGAUAUUUUUCUUACCAUUUCCAGUUGUAUUCAUAAAGCGUUUGAGGUAUAUGUAUGAUAAUCGGCCCGUAGCAUUGUCACUUGCUUGUUCUUUCCAAACGAUCUCCUUGCUCCCUGUGCGCCUCUGCCACAUGUGCUGGAGCCCCUGAAGUGCUGGAGCAUGUCCAUGUCACAUAAACAACAAAAGCCGGUGAGUGCAUUGCUGAUGUUGUUUUUUGCUUGAGACAUAAAGGCCUGCUCUCUCGGUGAUUAUAUUUUGUGCUGAUAAUCGGCCCGUAGCAGCCAAACGGUGCCGUCCCUUCCUCUCCGCUGUCUCACCGUUUCAGUUGGUGGUGGCACAGGUACCUGCUCAGUGCGCACUUUUCUGGCUUUUUUGCAGUUAGACCUCGGGUGUGUAGGUUCAGGAUGAGGCUUAGUCCUCGGGGGUGUAGGUUCAGGAUGAGGCUUAGUCCUCGUGGGUGUAGGUUCAGGAUGAGUCUUAGUCCUCGGGGGUGUAGGUUGAGGAUGAGGCUUAGUCCUCGGAGGUGUAGGUUCAGGAUGAGUCUUAGGCCUCGGGGGUGUAGGUUCAGGAUGAGGCUUAGUCCUCGGGGGUGUAGGUUCAGGAUGAGGCUUAGUCCUCGGAGGUGUAGGUUCAGGAUGAGUCUAAGGCCUCGGAGGUGUAGGUUCAGGAUGAGGCUUAGUCCUCUGGCUUGUAGGUUCAGGUUGAGGCUUAGUCCUCGGGGGUGUAGGUUCAGGAUGAGGCUUAGUCCUCGAGGGUGUAGGUUCAGGAUGAGGCUUAGUCUUCGGGGGUGUAGGUUCAGGAUGAAGCUUAGUCCUCGGGGGUGUAGGUUCAGGAUGAGGCUUAGUCCUCGGAGGUGUAGGUUCAAGAUGAGGCUUAGUCCUCGGGGGUGUAGGUUCAGGAUUAGGCUUAGUCCUCAGGGGUGUAGUGGUCCCAUGGUGUUUAUGUUUGCGUUCUACUGUUUGUACAGAUGAACGUGGCACCUUCAGGCAUUUGGAAAUUGCUCCCAAGGAUGAACCAGACUUCUGGAGGUCUACAAUUU